AUGAAACUCUCAGAUGAAUGGGUCUACCCCUACAAAAUCUCCCUCAUGAAGUUGCACGAUGCAAUGUGGCGCAUCGAUUUCACGCAAAACCAUCAAGGCGAAAAGCGACUCGUGGAUAUUAACGAGGAACAUGAAAGCAAGAGGCUUAAGCAGCCCUGGAGGAUUCGACGGGGAUGGACAAGGCGGGAAAAACAGUUGGCAGCAAUCUCGAUUCCCAGCAGAACCGCGAUCGGGCUUUCAGAGACGAGUGGGGUUUAG